AGGGUGGUAACAGACAGAUAUUGACUACAUUCCCCCAGAAUGCAGCCUGUGAUUGAAAUAAAUGACAACACGGACUAGAACAAUCACUCCAGGACAGUGGGAAUGUGAACGCUGGAAGUUUGACCCGGAUCAGAGAGCCCGUUCCUUAUCUGCUCCAGGUUGAGGGGUGAGGCAGCCACUGGAGAAAGGGGCAGUGCUGCCUGAGUCUGGGACCCUCUGACAGCACAGGCCCCGGGGAUUAGCACCGUGUGUAACCCCCUCACCCUGGGCCUGAUACGAGAUCCCCAAUCCGCUUUGAUCAGACUGCAUUUCUCAGUUUCAGUUCACAAUUAAUCACUGAUGAUUGAUCCCUGUUUGGUCACUGACAGGAAUUCACACUCUCCAAUGGAUGCAUUCUGUUGAGGUCAGUGAUGGUGGCUCUGUGAAGAGAUCAAUGAGAUUUGGAUUCAAUGGAAAGGAUUAUAUCAGUUUAGACCCAGACAGAAUGAGAUGGAUCGCAACCAAUCACUUUGCAGUGAUGACGAAAGAGGAAUGGGAUUCCGAUGAAUCCUGGAACAAUUACUGGGAAACACAGCUGCAUGGAAUCUUUGUUGAGCAUUUAAAGAGAUAUCUGGAAGCUGGAAAGGAAUAUUUCAGAAGGAAAGUUCAGCCUGAAGUGUUCAUCUCCAGGAGGGAGCCCAAUCGUCAGGACAAGCCGCUCACUCUCUCCUGCCUGGUCACUGGGUUUUAUCCUGUAGACAUCGAGGUGACCUGGCUAAGGAAUGGAGAGGUCAUGUCUGAGACCCAAUCCUCGGGGGUUCGACCGAACCACGAUGGGACCCAUCAGAUCCAGAAAGAGAUUGAGAUCAAUGCUGGGGAUGAGGAUCAAUACUCCUGUCAAAUUGAACACAGCAGCCUGGCAGAGGCCCAGCUCUAUCAGUGGGGUAAGGGACUGGAAUGUGUCUGU